AUGCGCAAUUAUCUUUGGUUAGCAGUGCUCCUGUUGGUGGCCACCACCUGUUCGGAUGCCAAGCCAGUGGUCUCCUUCGGCCUUGGCUAUCAGCAGCCCUUCGUGGGCCCCCAGCCAGGAGCCUACUACUACGGAGGACCCUACCAGCCAGGAAGCUACUACCACAACUACCACAGCAGUCCAGGUCCCUAUGGAUACCCCUAUCCCUAUGCGAAUCGCUACGGAGCCCUCGACGUCGGACUCGGUGCCCUUUCGCUAUCUGCAUUUCUGCUCUGA